AUGAGAGGAGAAGAUUUUGGGUUUCAGAAAGUUAACAAACUGAGGAAGUUCCCAGUGAGGUUUAUCAAUUUUGAGAGGACAAAACUUCCUGACGUGAUUUUGAGGCAUAAUGUUGAAGAAAAGAAGAAAUACUUUGCAGAUGUAAGCCUGGAGAUUGAGAGAGGUGAUGCUGAGGUUCAGGCCGAGGGUGUCUACAACCAAAGGCUUCAAAAUUUGGCUCUUACUCUAGACAAGGUGAGGUAUGUCAUGAGAUGUGUUUUUGGUGACCCAAAGAAUGCCCCCCCUCCACUGGAGAGGCUUAGCCCUGAAGCAGCAGUUUCAUACGUUUGGAAAGGAGAAUCAUCUGUUGUGGAGGAACUCAUCCAAUGCAUGGCUCCUCAUAUAGAAGAUGGUGCCUUGAGAGACCUCAAGGCCAAUAUUCGUGCCCAUGAUCCUUCUGGCUCUGGUGAUGUAGAGACUGAGCUUCGGAAGUCUUUGCUAUGGUUGAGAGAUGAGGUCCGCGGUCUUCCUUGUACGUACAAAUGUCGGCAUGAUGCUGCUGCUGACUUGAUUCAUAUAUAUGCUUACACAAAAUAUUUUUUCAGAAUAAGAGAAUAUAAGACUAUAACUUCCCCACCUGUUUACAUCAGUCCACUUGACCUUGGUCCCAAGUAUGCUGAUAAAUUGGGGUCCGGCAUUCACGAAUAUUGUAAAACAUACAAUGAGACUUAUUGUUUAGGUCAGCUGAUAUUUUGGCACAAUCAAGCUAAUGCUGAUCCGGAUUCUAGCCUAGCUCAAGCUAGCAGGGGUUGCUUAUCUUUACCGGAUGUUGGUUCCUUUUAUGCCAAACUUCAGAAGCCGUCACACCAACGUGUUUAUGGCCCAAGGACACUGAAGUUUAUGCUUGCUAGAAUGGAGAAACAACCUCAGAGACCAUGGCCAAAGGAUCGGAUUUGGUCAUUCAAGAAUUCUCCUAGAGUUGUUGGCAGUCCUAUGUUAGACUCCAUUUUACAGGAGGCUCCAGUUGACAAGGAGAUGAUACAUUGGUUAAAGCUCAGACAUCCAAUAUUCUAAUUCCAGGCCAUGUGGGAUUGGUGAAAUUUUUGCGGGCAUAUCAUGGAAGUGGCAUUAGGAUUUGUUGUUUAUCUGCCUAGGUACACUUAUUUUCAGAUGGUUCGGUUUUAGUUGCAGCUGCCCCAUCUCAGAAUUGGUGAUUAUUUUUGCUUAUGCUACUUCCACUCUUAAUUCUUGUGUACAGAUAUAUUUUCUUUUCUUUUUCCUUUUCAUUCUUUUCUUACAAUCUGUAAUUCAUUGUUUGGGUAAUAGUGCAGUGUUCCUUUUUGUUUCCUGUGUUGGUCGAAAAUGCCUUUUACGAAGAAAUGAAGGCUUCUUAGCAAAUUCCAAUCGUUUUACGUGUACUAGUUUAUAUGUACUCUAUCAACUUGGAGUUAGUUUUAUAUUUUUUUAUUUGGGUUUGAA